GUCCUGUUGCCUUGUUUUCAAUUAAGUUGUUCUUUGUGUUAAAGUUCGAUCGGAUCUGUGAAUCGAACUUGUAGGAGAAAUUCGCUGUCGGCGCAAGUACAGUUUCGUUUUUCGUUUGACACCCAACAAUUUCGGUAAAAUUAUACCACAAUUUCCAGGUGACCUGUACGUUAGGGAUGUUCACGAUUGGAGCGCUUUUUAACACAGACUGGAUAGGUAUGGUUGAAAUGUUAAAAAACAACAACAAAAAGACAGAAUUGUCACGGUUGGAAUACUUUUCAACAGACGCAUAUCUGCAUGCGCAAGAAUGAGCCUUUAUUUUCUAUUUCGGUGGCAAAUAUGCGGGACAGCUUAUAACUUUAUUCCUCAAAUUCUACGAAGUAGUAAAAACGACCGCGUAAUUUCGAAGAAAUGUAGGGAGGAAUGUAUAAAAAUAUGGCUUACUUGAAAUACCAAAACGGAGACGAAAUAUUGUUUACUAUACGGAGCAAAAAAAAAGAAAAAAACAACUUUCAUUUUAUAUAUUACGAGGAUGUAUGAGAGAGAGAGAGAGGGAUCAAAAGAUUGAAGACCGGCAAAAAAUUGCCAUAGUUACCGGAGGAACAGGUGGCAUAGGUUUUGCUACUUCCAAAGGUCUUGCUGCCCAAGGUUAUAAUUUAAUUCUUGGUUACUAUUCUGACAGUGAAAAUGCCAAGAAGUGUGAACAGGAAUUAAAGACGGAUUUCAAGAUCCAGGUUAGGACAAUUGGUGGAGAUGUUUGUGGAGAAGACACUGUGAAUUCAUAUUUCAAAUGUUUGAAUGAAAUGAAUGGCACGCUCACUGCGAUUGUUCACACUGCUGGACUUUAUACACCAGAUUCCGUUUCAAAAAAUCCAGAUACCCAUUUCACUACAUUUGAAACGUAUGAUUAUUUCCAGAACAUCUAUCCUAAGUGUUUCAUACGUUUAGUAGAAACAGGAAUGAAGUUAAUGGAAGAUGGUUAUGGCUACAUUGUUUGCUUAUCAAGCCCUGGUUGUAAUAUCAAUGAUCAAACUCGAUUAGGUUACAUGAUGCCAGGCACUGGGAAAUGUGUACUUGAGUAUUUGUCUCGUCAUUAUGCUAAAAUGCUAGCAAAGCGGAGAAUCACUUGUAAUUGUAUUGUUCCUGGGUAUAUACACACGAAACCAUGGAAACAACUGGAGGCAAAACUGGGUCCUGAUAUUGGAUGUGUAAGAACUCCAAUGGGUCGAUGGGGUCAACCUGAAGAAGUAGGAGAUUUUAUUUCAUAUUUAUGUUCUCCUAAAGCAAGUUUUCUCACUGGUGCUACCAUUCCUUUUGAUGGAGGUUUGAGUCUUGGGAAGUAAUGAUAUUUGUAAAGAAAAAUAAUGAUAAUAAAGAAAAAAAGUUUUUGGAAA